CGUUUCUUUUCCAUUCAAAUCAUUCGUUCAAACAUGACGUUUUCCGAUUAGGCUAGCCAGUUUUUUGUUUCCGUUUGUGAAUAAUACUAAAAUCACUCGUUGUUUAUCUCUAAUGUAAUGUAGUGUUUAGUGUUCCUAGUGUCGAAUUAAACCACUAUAAUCCAUUACGCGGACCGUGCGGCAGGUUUGAAUUUCCAAGAUGACGGAAACUCGACGACAGCAACUACAUCUUGGUAAAUGCAUCGAAGAUUUGGAUAAACUGCAUAAUAUUCCAGAUUUGAAGUCGAAGAGGGCUACUGCGUUAUGUAAAACAGCGCAAAAACUUUUCGAGAGCGCAGCGGAGGCCCGUGAGAAGGGCGACGAGGAGUACUCGUACGUGUGCUACAUGAAGUACUUGCGGGUCGUGGCGUGCAUUAGCAAGGACAAGGACUAUUUGAAGGACAAAAAUUACUUCAAUCAGAUGUUAGGGACCAAGAACCCUAAUAAGGCUAUUGAUGCUGCUGAAGAGCUCAAGAAUAGUCUUAUUGACAGGUAUAACCAAGAGCAGAAGAAGAAGCGGCUGAACGACAUCCAGGAGAAUGAGGUCAUCAAACAGAAGAUAGAUGAGAACCGGAAGAAAGCGCUGGAGGCUGCGCCCGCGCCCGAGCCUUCUCAACCUUUGGGGCUGCCAGGUCUAGAUGAGGUGACGAUCAAAAGCGAGCAGCUGUACAACAUCCUCAAGAGUGGCAAGAUGAAGGUGAUGAUACUGGACGCUCGGCCCGGCAAGGACUACAUAGAGUCACACAUCAACUGCCCCUCCUGCAUCAGUGUGCCUGAAGAAUGCAUUUCACCGGGGCGUUCAGCGCACAUCUUAGAACAGAACUUACCAGCGCCUUCCAAACCUAUCUGGGCAAACCGUGCUUCCAUGGAGCUCAUCGUGAUGCUGGACUGGUCUAGCACGGCUGUCAUCCCGGGGAACACGCUGCAUCUCUUGAAGACCAUCCUAUUGAAGUGGGACAUAAAAGUCCAAUACCCACGUCCACCGCUGGCCCUGCACGGCGGCUAUGAAGACUGGCUUCUACGUUACCCCGCUUUGACUACCAAUCCGCAACCAACGCCAAGAGCCAAGGCGCCUAAAGACAUGCUAGGUGAGAUUGAUUACCCUGUAUGGGCAGAUCUGACCCCGGCACCACCGCGGCCGCGGGCUUCGGAACCCACCGUCGAUCGCAGCAGCAAGGCCGCAGCGUUGCAGAAGUACGAGGAGCGAGCUCGCAACAUGGCGCAGAUCAUUCAGCAGCAAGAACGCUUAGCUGACACCUCGCUGACGCUCGAAAUGCAAAGGAUAGAGGCGGAACAGGACUGGGAGAAGACCCAUUUCCAGCGCGAGACCGAGGAGCGGGACGACGUGCGAGCUCUGUACAAGAUGCGCGAACAGGAGAUCAUAUCGCAACUCAUGCAGCUCGAGAACAAGCAGUAUGACAUGGAACAAGAGAACCUGAGCCUCCGACAGCAGUUGGAGGAGUACCAGCGGAGAGAGCGCGCCGAGGCCGAGAAGAUUGCCGAGUCCAUAGUCAACGAUGAUGUCAAUGCGGAGAAGCAACGCGUAAUCGCCGAGCAGGCCGCACAAGCGCGCGAGCUCGCCGCCGCGGCCGCGCGCAUCGACGCCGUGCGGGAGCAGCGCGGGGAGCUCGACCGCCAGCGCGAGGCGCUCGAGCGGGAGCGGAAGCGGAAACUGGCACAGGCGAGGGAGAAACGGAAACCGAUACUUGAUAAGGAUGAAGAUGGCGACACGUACAUGGUGUCCCCUGACGACGGGCCCGCGGGCCUGAACCGCUCGCACUCCUCGCCCAACAUUGCCAAGCAGGUAUCAUCAGACGAAGACGAGUCGCCUCCGUCGUUCGACCGCAGCGUCAAGCCGACCAAGGUCAUACCCAGGAACCACCAGAGAGACUUCCAACCGCAGUGGGGCGACGUGGGCCGCGGUCUAACGGGCUUGAAGAACCUUGGCAACACAUGCUACAUGAACUCCAUCAUCCAGUGCCUGAACAACACCGCCAUCUUGUGCCACUACUUCUGCAACGGACAGUACAUGGAGCAUGUUAACAGGGCGCACGGAACGCGAGGAGCGAUCGCGGAAGAACUGGCGGCGGUGGUGCGAGCGCUGUGGUCCGGCCAGUACCGGUACAUCGCCACCAUCGACCUGCGGAACGAAGUGGGCAAGCACCAGCGAGCGUUCCGUGGCUGCGAGCAACAGGACUCGCACGAGUUCCUGACGAUCCUCAUGGACUGGCUACAUCUCGACCUGCAGUUCUCCAGCAAGCCUCAAAUCAAGGACAGCCUCCCGCCCUCCGAGAAGGCGUGGCACGAGUUCACCAAGUCCAAAGAGAGCUUCAUUCUACGGUUGUUCUACGGACAGAUCCGGUCCACGGUGAAGUGCACGGUGUGCGGUAAACAGAGCGUCACCUACGAGUCCUUCUCCAACCUGUCUCUGGAGUUACCCGCCAACGCAAACCGGUGUACGCUCAGCGACUGCCUAAAACUGUACCUAAACGGGGAGACCAUCCCCGGCUGGAACUGCCCCGGCUGCAAGGAAAAACGAGACGCCGUCAAAAAACUAGACAUCUCCCGUCUCCCUCCCGUCUUAGUCAUCCACUUCAAACGCUUCUACGUAGACCCGAAAGAAUACAUGUCGAAUGCGUACAGAAAGAAACAGACGUAUAUAGACUUCCCGCUCGAAGAUCUAGAUAUGAGGCAGUUCUCGCUGAACUGUAGUCCUAAUAACCAGAUAUUUAAUUUGUAUGCCGUGUCGAACCACUACGGGUCGAUGGAGGGCGGACAUUACACGGCGUACUGUAAGAGCAGUGUGUAUGGCAAAUGGUACAAAUACGACGACCACGUAGUAACAGAAAUCUCCUCCAGCGAAGUAAAGUCCAGCGCAGCCUACAUUCUCUUCUACACCUCCUGCAACAUGCGCAUGUCGUGAUCGCGAGGCCGAAAGCGGCCCAACGAGGCCGGAGGUAGCUUUAGGCCUUAGGAUCUCGGCCUAAUCGGGAAACUAAGCCAAGUUUCUGAGUGAACGCGUUCAGUUUGGAUUACUUUUAUAGUGAUCGCGAGGCCGAAAGUAGCUUAUGCACUCUGAUCUCUGGUCGGGUGUUAGCUAGGCCAAGUGGCUGAGACUGGAUAAAAACUUGUGCUGGCCGUAUAACUUGGCAAGAAUUUGUAAAUAUAUUCAGUGCUGCUUAUGCUAUUUUAGUACCUCUUGUGCAACGUGAAUGUCGCGAUCGUGAAGCCAAACUGCAGAGUCACGAGGCCGAGGUCGAAGGUAGCUUUAGGCCUCAGGAUCUAGGCAAAUUUAGUCAAAGAUUUUGUAUGUCUUGGCCAAGUAUUCGUUGCUGAAUCCCGAUAUAGGUCGAAACCGAAACAUAUGGACAUUUUAUACUUGUAAUUGUUGUGAUUAUUAGUACUGAAGUUAUGAAUAGUUAAUAAUUCAAACUUAGAUUGUUUAUUACCUGUUAAUUUGUAAUUAAAUAAUUAUUCGAUAUGUUGAAUGAUAAUGAUGAUGUUCGUUUUUGGUCCCAAACGUAAUAGUUGUUGUUUUAAUAAAUCUCCAGUUUUGUUAGCCUUACACCUAUGUGACUACGCGUAUAAUCUAAAAUGCACUUUAAUGCAUUACGAUAAAGUUUAAAAUAGUAAAGUACCUG